GUGCCUGUCCUGAUACCAUCCAUCCCCAUCGCGACAAACCACAACCAUCAUGGCAGACCGAUUGACACAGCUGCAGGACUGCCUGGAUCAGGUACCGACCUUAUGGUCAUUGGAUACCCUCACAUCACUCUAACUUGCACUCAGCUCCUCACUCAAAUGUAUGCCUCUCUACGCUUCAUCGAAUCUCAUGCCCCAUCCGCUGCCAUCCCCGGCCUACCAACGAACCCUGGCGCAACCCAAGAGCAACCCAACACCACCAUAUCCACGACCGUCAAUCCGAGCAGAGCCGACGAUGGCGCAACAGCUGAGAACUCUCGAAAUGGCCACACCUCCCAACCCCCAUCACAACCCCUAUCGUCGCAGACCCACCCCCAUCCCUCCUCCGAACCCGCCAGCGACGAACAACGCCUGACUACCCAAGAACCGCCAAUCCCACCCGAGCAAGGCUUCGACGCGACCCUCAACGAACUAGCGGUUGACCUGACCCUGAAGAUGGCGCAAAUCAUGGUCCUCAUCGACGGGCUGCCGGGCAUCGGGCAAUCGGAGGCGAUGCAGCGGGCGCGAAUCCGCGAGUUGGAGCGCGAGCUGGCGGAGGUGGAGACGGAGCGGGAGGGGGUGUUUCAGGAGUGGGAGGACUUGUGGAGCUUGACGGCGAGCCUGGGGAUGGUGGGGGACUUUGAGGAGUAGAGGCGCGUCGUACGUGGGAAUCGAAGGUGUUGGGCGGUCAUGAAGCGCGGCAUUUGAGAGGGAGUGCAUGGAUGGGGCGUUGGAAAGUAUUCAUGUUGGCUUGAGUAGGGUUGCAGAUCUAAUUUAGAUACAA